GUGGCGCCAAGUCGGUGCUUUGAGCGGCGUGUAGAGUAGUGUGCACGCUUAUACUUUGAAUAAUUAAAUAUUACAGAAAGAAUGAAGUAUAUUCUUGUAACAGGUGGCGUUAUAAGCGGAAUUGGUAAAGGUGUAAUUGCUAGUUCGUUUGGAACGAUUCUGAAAUGUUGUAAUAUUCCAAUUACGUCUAUUAAAAUUGAUCCAUACUUGAAUGUCGAUGCUGGAACAUUUUCGCCGUAUGAACAUGGUGAGGUUUACGUGCUGGACGACGGCGGGGAGGUGGAUCUGGAUCUCGGCAACUACGAGCGCUUCCUGGACGUGACGCUGCACAGCGACAACAACAUCACCACGGGCAAGAUCUACCAGCACGUCAUCACCAAGGAGCGCCGCGGCGACUUCCUGGGCAAGACCGUGCAGGUUGUUCCGCACAUCACGGACGCCAUCCAGGAGUGGGUGGAGCGCGUGGCCCACCAGCCGGUGGACGGCGAAGGAACGAAGCCUCAGGUGUGCGUCGUGGAGCUGGGCGGCACCAUAGGCGACAUCGAAGGAAUGCCGUUCGUGGAGGCGUUCCGGCAGUUCCAGUUCCGAGUCAAGAAGGAGAACUUCUGUUGCGCCCACGUAUCCUUGGUACCGCAGCCCAAGUCGACGGGCGAGGCGAAGACGAAGCCCACGCAGGCCAGCGUGCGCGAGCUCCGCGGCCUCGGGCUGUCCCCGGACCUCAUCGUGUGUCGCAGCGAGAGCCCCAUCGACCUGACGGCCAAGGCCAAGAUCUCCAACUUCUGCCACGUGGGGCCGGACCAGGUGAUCUGCAUCCACGACCUGCCGUCCAUCUACCGCGUGCCCAUGGUGAUGGAGAGCCAAGGCAUCGUGCAGUUCUUCAACGACCGCCUGCAGCUCGACAUCCCCAUGCCCCCCCCUCUGCGCUUCAUGCACAAGUGGCGCAGCCUGGCGGAGCGGUUCGACACUCUGCGCCGGGAGCUCACCAUCGGCCUGGUGGGCAAGUACACCAAGCUGAAGGACGCGUACGCGUCGGUGAGCAAGGCGCUGCAGCACGCCGCCGUGGCAGCCGGCUACAAGCUGCACCUGCAGUACAUCGAGGCGGCGGACCUGGAGACGACCACCAAGACGGACAACCCGGUGCAGUACCACGAGGCCUGGCAGCAGCUCUGCAAGAGCGAUGGCGUGAUAGUGCCGGGAGGGUUCGGGCAGCGCGGCAUGGAGGGCAAGAUAGAGGCGUGCCGCUGGUGCCGCGAGAGCCACAAGCCGUUCCUCGGCAUCUGCCUGGGGCUGCAGGCCGCCGUCAUCGAGUUCUCGAGGAACGUGCUGCACCUGCAGGAUGCCAACACGACGGAGAACAACCCCGACACGCUGCACCCCGUCGUGGUGGACAUGCCGGAGCACAACCCGGGCCAGCUCGGGGGAACCAUGCGGCUCGGCAAGCGCGUCACUGUGUUCAGUAGCGACAUGACCUCCAUCGUCCGCCAGCUGUACGAGAAGAGAGACUGCAUCGAGGAGCGACACCGCCACCGCUACGAGGUCAACCCCAAGUACGUGCCCGAUCUCGAAGCCGCCGGCAUGAAGUUCGUAGGCCACGACAGCGAGAAGGUGCGCAUGGAGGUGAUGGAGCUGGAGGGGCACCCCUUCUACGUGGCGGUGCAGUACCACCCGGAGUACCUGUCGCGGCCCCUCAAGCCGUCGCCGCCCUUCCUGGGGCUGGUGCUGGCCUCGUGCGGCAAGCUGGGGGCCUACCUGGCCCGCGGCUGCCAGCUGUCGCCCCGCCAGCUCUCCGACGACGACACGGGUGAGCGGGCGGCCCCGAGUCCAGAUGUACCUACUUGCUGUUUCCACUACGCAUUGUAGGUGCGGAUGUGUUGGGUCAUUUGUGCGAUCCAUGUGUGUUUAGGGGCUUGCAAGUUAGUUGGUGUAAUUAUUUCUUUGAGGGACCACUUCAACUCUACUAGGUGCAGGAUGCCACUCUCGGGGAGAAAGUAGCGAUUUUUAUGACCCGUGGGAUCCAGCCUGUCUUCUUGUUAAUGCAAUAAAACCCAGUUGCUAUGACCUUGUUUCAUCACGACAACCUCUCUAUUUCAACUCCUUUUUGAGGAACCGAAAAAUAGUUACUCCAAAAUUGGAAUGAAAUUGGCUGAAAAUUAAUUUUAAGCACAUUUAACUGGGAUUCUCUUGGCAAGCGAUGUACUGUACUUGGCAACUUAGCACAAAAGACAUGCCCUCCAUCAAGUUUAAUCUUUUAUCCCUCCUUUCACAGUUAAUGGUUCCAUGGUGCUGGGUUAACUGCACGCCGACCGUCCACCCAUCACCCGUCAGUCUAGCAUUGCGUUAUCGCAUGCUUUUGGACAUGCCACCCUCUCUGAUACUUGGAUUUGCACGAUUUGGAUUUCUCUUGGCUUUGACUAAUGGUUGUGAUGACUUAAGUCUUCAAUUAAGUUGUGUGUUAGAAAUGAUUUUGUGAACAGUUUUGACAUUUUUUUUAAAAGCAAUAUAAUAAUCAUAGUAAUGGAUUUCUGAGUUGUGUAAAAUUUGUAGAUAGUAGGGUUGUGCAGAAUUCAGGAAAUUCAGGAAAGGUUUUAGGCUUGCUAGGCCAGAAAAUAUAUUUUGGGGAUUUUUUAGGGUUAUUAAUGUGAAGGGUUUUUAUUUUACGCUACAUUCAGCAACAUUAAUUGAGAGGAAACUACUAAUAAAAAGUAAGCCUGUCCAAAAUUUCAAAUACAAAUCAUAAGCUAUUUGAUUUAACCUUGAAUAUUAACACUUCAAAGUAAUAAAUAUUUGUUUCCUCACGAAUAAAUUUGACAUAGUAUUCCUCAAGGUUUUUGUUUACCAAAUAAGUCGUUUGUGCGAUUUAAAUAUAUAUUUUUUUUAAUGUUUUAGUGGGACUGCAUAAUCAAAAACAUGAACAAUAAGUGACAUGUUAAACAUGUAACUAGUAUUCAAAGUUUUUUUCAUUAUCGUUUCUCUAAACAGUAACAGAAAAAAUGGCAUGAACGAUUCAUUUACUUAAUCACUUGUAAACAGAUAUUUACACUUUUCUGAAGGAAUUUAUGUGCUGAAAAGCCCACCUCUAAUAUGUUUCUACUGGCAUACAAGUGUUUGUGUGCUGGUAAUCUGAGAGGUGUGUGCGCUCAUGCUUGUUGCCUGUGUGCGCAGACGACGACUCGGCGCAGCAGAAGGGUGCGCACGACACGGCCUGACCAGCGCCGCUGGCUAGUACGCGCCAGCUCCUUCAGUAUUGGUUGUUUAUCCUACAUUCCUGAAUAACUACUGCCCCGCGUGGGCGCUCGAAAACCGGUUUUUAGGCAAUUAAUUGUUAAUGCGGGCAGGUCCUGCAUGAUAUACCAGGAAUUAUUUUAUAACAUUUUUUAUUUUUUAUUUGCACAACGCCUGAUGGUUUGUUUGCUUAUCUCUCUGUCAAGACUAAAAUGUUCAUUACCUAUCAGUUCUUAAUGCUGUGAAGUCAUUAUUAGGGGAAAGAUUAUUCCGUGAAUUGCGAUAAAACUGAAAAUCAUGUCAAUACAUACGCCACAAAGCACCACAUGCAGUUGAAAUCGUGAAACUAAUCUGCAUUUUCAAUCAAAACUUAACUCUAAUGACAAAUAACCUAAUCUUUUAAAUAUUAAAUUCAUUGAAAGUAAUUUAUUUAUUGUGAUUUAGUAUCACAGUUUAACAAAAAAAAAAAUUAAAAAAAAGUUAUUUUUUUAAUCUUGCAACUGUUAUUGGUUACUCGUUUUUCCAUUAUGACCAUAGGACAUUUUACAAACAUAGAAAUACGUAACAAGUUUAUUUUAUUUGUUUUUAAAAAAUAAACAUGCUUUUUUAAAAUCAUUAUAUUGAAAAAAUACAUCAUCAAAGGUGACUAUUUUGAAAAAAAUUAGUCAUGGAACAUUUAAGUAUCAUAUUUGUUCAAUAAUAUGUUUUUUUUUUUUAAUAAAUGUAUUUCAUAAAAAAAAAACCAACGCAGAAAUCUCCUGCUUUAUAAAACAAAAUGUGCCAGAAAAUAAAAUAAUGAAAUUGU